UUCAAAGAACAUCAGCCGAAGGCAUUUUCAAGAAAUCGCUUAUGUUACUGAGGGAUGUUGACAGACAGUUAAACAUGUCUAACUAUGCGCUAAUUAAAACGACAUAACAGUUCGCCGUGAUUUUCAAUACAAUUUCGUGAACGGAAGUGUUUAUUGCGCUCGUGCUCUUCUGCACCUGUCAUGUCACAUUUCAAUGCGAAAAGUAACUUUCCUCGAAAUGAUGCUUCAGCUUUACGGUUGUUACGAAAGAGUGAGAGCUCUGAUGAUGAUGAGAAAAGGCUGAAAAGAAGAGAAAAGAACCGAGUUGCUGCACAGAGGAGCCGCAAAAGACAAACCCAGAGAGCUGAUGAGUUGCAUGAGGCGUAUGAAUGUCUGGAACAGGAGAACAGUCUGCUGAGGAAGGAAGUCCAGAUUUUGAUUGAGGAACAGCAACGCUUGACAGAUGCCCUUAAAGCCCAUGAGCCUUUGUGUCCUGUCUUGAACUGUGGUAUGACCUCAACAUCAAGGUCCAUAGGCACGGUGUCACCUGAGUUUAUGUCUAGAUAGUGACACUCACAUCUGAUGCUCAUGAUGUCUGAAUUUCCAUUUAGCAUAAAUUAACUAUACAUGUAAUCAUGCAAGGGAUUUAUGCGUACUACCAUUUUUAUUCUAAAGUAUUACAUUGUGUGUUCAAUAUGCAGUGUUUUCUUUGCAGUGUGUGUUCAUACAAGUGAAAAAUGAAGUCCUGCUUGAAACUGCAAUGUGACAAGUUAUGUUCAGAAUACAUAAUCUAGCCACAUGUUAGUUUUCCCACGGUCACGCCUCACGUGAAUACAUCCAUUUUGGUAUUUACUUUGAUAAAGUCAAUAACCACUAACUAAACCAUCUGUCGUACCACAGUUAGUUUGCUGUGAAUGAAUGAGAUGUGAGAAUGCACUUCUGCUUUAUGAGAGCCGAUCCAACCAUAAAGUUAAUUUCAAAACUCUGUGACAGCAGGUUUAUGUCUGCAUAUUAUUAAUUACUAUUCAAAAUAACCAUAACGGUUUAAUUUACAUGUUAGUGUUACUUUUCUGUCUUGCUUGAUCGUGUUUUGCUUUUGGAGUGUAUUGUAACUAUUAAAAAAAUAAACAAUUAUUUUAAUAAAAACAUCAUCAU